UUAUCAUUGUCACUUGUUAGAUGAUAGGCAUCGUGUUUGAGUGGUUUCCCUAUCUGUGGAGUUGUCCCUUCUUAUCGAAAGACGCCGAUCUACAAUGCAAUUAGUUUCCGUUUAAUUUCCACUCAAACGGUGCGCCAUCACAACGAGCUAGGUACCGACGAAGUGAGCAGCAGUAGUAUUCCCGAGGAUGGUUUCCGAGAAGCUUGCGUGAAAAUUAAAUUCAAGCAGUUUAUAGAAUGUUGCAGACCGGGGCUGAAUUUGUGCUUUCUCCUGUUGGCGUGGCAAAAAUAGUGUCCCUACUGUGCAUGAUUGUUGGUGGUAUGAUUUUCAUCACUGCCGGAGAUUGCGUGGAGUCCAGAGUUUGGAAUGUUACUUACAUUACCAUUACUACAGCCAGUGCGCUUCUAACGAUGGUUUCAUACUCAAGCUUUGCGCUGAAUUUAAUACGCACGGAUCGUGGACUUAGAACGCAGCACAUCUCCGUGCUGGCCGUAUCUUACAUCGUCUUCUUCUUUCUUUUGAUCGUAUCGAUCAUCACGAUGACGCAGUGCACUCGUGCGGUGCAAGUGGUGCAAAAAAUACCCGAGCCGUUAACUAUGAUAGCCGCCUUACUGCUGGCCGUUAGUGGAACCGUUUUGUUUCUUCGAUGGAGAACGACGGUCCAGACGGAGGAGCUGCAGUUACACGCGAGUGAGCGAAACAUUUCCGAUAUUCGUACCACUCCGAGCGAGCCACGAAAAUCCGUCAUGGUGUAAUUAAUCUCACGUACUGCUGUUAACUUUAUUUUACCAUACAAAUCGUACCUUA